AUGUGCAACCCACCAACUGCCCAGCGGGUUCCACCCCGCCCUGACCAAAAUCCGACAGAACCACAACCUCCAAGACAAAAACGCUCUCUAUCACCCAGGAACCACCGCAUCUUUGACCCCUGGAAUUCCGCCUCAUCAGGCCAUCAACGCGCCGAUAGCGGAUAUCUUGGAACCACUCGAUGGCGGGACACUCGCAUUGCGAAACUGAAGCAGCAAUUUCGCGGAGAAGAUUGCUCGCGUGAACAGCUGGGUGUUCUGGGAGAUGACGAUUUCAAAUUGGAUGCCUUUGGUGGUGGUUCUUGUGACGAUAGAGAAGCUGUGAGUGGGCUGGAGAGUGGAUCGAGGGAGAAUGGGGUGUUGGGCUUGGCAGCUCCUAGUGGGAAGGGCAAGUGGGAGUGGAUAUCGGAUGAGGAGGCCAAGAGGAUGGAAUGGGGAGUGAGAGAUAUUCGAUGCUUCAUGGGUGUUGGGAAGAGGAAACCCAGCGAUGCGCUACAGGGGAAAGUGCUGAAUGAGAAGAAGAAGAGGAGGAGGAGGAGGAUCGAUGAAGGCGAUAUCCAGCGAAGCGAAUUGAGACCAGUCGAAGAGAUGGCGACGACCAUUCAGAAAGAAAAGCCGAAAAACCAGCCAGAGGAAGAUACGAACAAGGACACGAAGAAGCAGAAAUCAAAGAAGCCUCGAAUGUUCGAUGAAGUCGACAACAUGUCAGUCGACUCGUCAGCAACAAGGAUCUCCGACUCGACUUCCUCUUCAAAUAGCAGCUCACCAACACUCAUACCUGCAACAAAUACGACAACGCCAAACCCACCACCGGAAAGCCAACCAGAUCCCGAAUCCCGAAGCAUGCCAAAACUUCCAACUCGAUCCUCCAAACCUCCUACCUCCGCCUCCGUCUCCAUCCCCAUUCACAAUACCAUCGACUCCCGCCUCACUAAAAUCUUCACGGGGACAACAAUCUACAUUAACGGCUCAACAUUACCUCAAAUCUCCGACCACAAGCUCAAGUCCCUCCUCGCCGAGAACGGAGCCACCGUCGCCAUCGCCAUGGCUCGCAGAAGCGUCUCCCAUGUGAUCAUCGGGCAGCCCGGGACAACGGGCCACGGAUGUGGUGGUGGUCUCGCUGCAAGAAAAUUGCAGCGAGAAAUCGAGAGAGGGGGAUGGAAGGGAGUCAGGAUCGUAGGAGUCGACUGCGCUCCAAAUCAACAUUUGACCACCCGUGACAUUUUCUUCGUCGCGGAAAUACCUAAUGCGCAGUCCAUCUCUCAUCACAGGGUCCUCGAAAGCAUCAAAGCAGGGAAACGCCUUGCGGAAUCGCGCUUCGCCGUAAUGAGCGUCGCGUCAAAGGGUCAGAGAAGUGUGGCUUCUUUAUUCGGAAGGUGA